AUGAAUAAAACUAUAUUUUUAUUAUGUCUUAUGGUAAGCAUUGGUUCUGCAUCGAUUAUUUCCAGUGCGUUGGCAUCAUUAAAAGCAGAUGCUAUUACAAAAAUUUGUACUGUUGCUCCAACUUCAAAUUAUACAAAACAAAUUACACUUGCUGUGCUGAAAGAUUUGGCAACUGUAUUUACUAAAGGUAUUGAUGGUAAAACAUUUCCAAAUUCAGCUGCCUAUCUUUCAAGUGCGGCAAGCAAUUUUGUGGCUGGUACAACACAAUGUCAAAAUGCUUUUACAGUCUUACAGACCGCCUUUGCAGCUGAUUGUAAAGCAAAUUCAAUAACACUUAACAAUGCCAAACAAGAUCUUAUAAAUUUUAUCGCAAAAAACGUGCCAGGAUUUUCAAAUCUUACCAUUUAA